AUUAUUUUCUCUCUUUAUUACGUUACUAUCCACAUGUCUCUAUGCAAUUACAAAGUCAUAAGGCCUAAGGGCUCGUUCCCCCUAUUUAUUCCCCAAGCUCUCUCUCAAUCUGCGCUUAUUUUCCCCAGUUUCUGAGAAGGAAGGAUGCAGAUUUUUGUGAAAACCCUAACGGGAAAAACCAUCACUCUCGAGGUCGAGAGCAGUGACACCAUUGACAACGUCAAGGCGAAAAUCCAGGAUAAGGAGGGAAUUCCUCCUGACCAACAAAGACUGAUAUUUGCUGGCAAGCAACUAGAUGAUGGGCGAACUCUUGCUGAUUACAAUAUACAGAAGGAAUCCACCCUUCAUCUUGUGAUGAGGUUGAGAGGUGGUAUGAUGAUCAAAGUGAAAACUCUUACUGGCAAGGAGGUUGAAAUUGACAUUGAACCAACUGAUACAAUUGAGAGGAUUAAGCAGCGAGUUGAGGAAAAGGAAGGAAUACCCCCAGUUCAACAAAGGCUUAUAUAUGGCGGUAAACAGAUGAAUGAUGAUAAAACAGCAAAGGAAUACAACAUUGAAGGAGGCUCUGUUCUCCACCUUGUUCUCGCUCUUCGUGGGGGCCGCGGAAGGAAGUACAUAGUAUGCGUUUGAUGUGGUGUGAUUCGUCGGGAUUUGUGUGGGCCGGCCGGUAUAACCUAGACAUGUGUCCACUUCUAGACCCUUAAAGUGGUGCAAUGAAAUAAGUUCAAUAUAAAGGCUCUAGGGUUUGGACCUAAGGCCCAUUGUGUUUAUGUAAGAGAUGAUCCCUUAUUUAAGUUUAAAUUUGAAGAAAAUCAGUAAAGGAUUGUGGCUCGCUGUAUUCGAUUUUCA